CAGCCCUCUGGCAACGAGUGAAGAAGUAGUAGUUCAAGAGAUCCGGAAAAGGUGCUUCGUAACAAAUGAUCCAGUCUGCAUGUAUUUAAUGCCAUUUUAAAUUGCUCUACUCGUAUUUGACAGCUUUUACAAGCGCAGAGGCGCCUGUUUCGACAAUACCGCCAGAUCUUCGCUGUUGCGAAAGCACUUACGCUUGGCUGCUAAAACUUAGGAGCAACCGAUCAGCGAGCAGCUGUUUUGAUACGACAGAAUGGACUCCUGGGUUCGGUUCAAUUCGCACAGCCAAGCCAAGGAGAGGAUUAUACGAGCUGCUCAAUAUGCCUGCACAUUGUUGGGCUAUGCGUUGCACAAAGGCGGAGCAGGAACACAACUUCGCACAACUGUUAGUCAGUUGGAAGCACACAUGAGCCUGACAAGAAAGUUGUUGCGUCUGGGGAACUCGGUGGAGGCCAUCGAGGCGGCAAAGAGGGCUAUCCAUCUCUCUGACAGCAUACUGAGGCUCUGCCUCACCAUCAGCCACCUCAACAAAGCAAUGUACUUUGCUUGCGACAACGUCCUCUGGGCGGGCAAGACGGGCCUCGUAUCCAAACUGGACCAGCGCAAAUGGAGCCAGAGAUCUUUCAAGUACUACCUAUUUGCUCUGAUCCUCAACCUGACUCGCGACGUGUACGAGCUGCACCUCCUCAUGGAACGUGAAGCGCGCCACAGAGCGGCCAAAUCUCCCCCCUCGCGCGAUCCCGGCCCCACCGCGACGGGCCCCGAUAUGUCUUCGCCGUCCUCGCCAGCCAGCGCCGCUUUGGCUGUCCUGCCCUAUCUGUCGGCGUGGUUACACGGGCGGCUUUACCUGUUGGCAACGGUGCUGCAGAGCAAUCCGCCGUUACUCCUGGAUCUGCUGAAGAACGCGUGCGACAUCUUCAUCCCGCUGGACCGCCUCGCCAUUUACCCCACUGGAACGGGCUUUGUCGGCGCCUGUGGACUGGCGUCCUCUUUGCUCGCCGUUCUUACCAUCGUCCACCCUUGGCUUAAACUUAAGCCGUGAAGCCCCAGACUGCGAGAACGACGGCUUGUUUGGAGCAGCUCAAAGGUCAAGGAUGGGUUGUGCAUUUGGUACCUGGGCUUGUAGUUUGGACUUGACCUGACGUCAUACGUUGCUGAAUACUGCCACUAUCAUGACACAAUGAGAGAAAUCAUCAAAACGCUAUGUAACAGCUCGCCACUGUGUCACGUCAUCUUGAGCUGUUUAGAAUAUUUAAUACAUGUGACAAAAACAUUUCGAAUAAGCCAUAAUAGACACGUAGUAUCAAACACUGUGUGACGUUCCCUACUGAUGGGUUUUGCUUGUUAACAUUUGAUUUGGUGCUCCCACACGCCCUCAAAGCAGGUCAUUUACACAGUAUUCUCAUCCAUUUGUUGGUAUAUUUGAGUGUUCUUUGCCAUUAGUUGAGAAUUUGAAACGUUUGGAUAAUGGGUUUUGGCUUACUGUGAUUGAUGACUGAUCAUGUGACUGAAAUUUGCAAUGGCUGAAAAUACUGACUUGUGCAAUGGGUACGGAGGUUAAAAGUGACCUAUGAUAGAUACAUUGGUGACAGACAUAUUUGUAGCACAAGCACUGCAGUCAAGCUACGAAGCAAGCUAAUGCUAGCGCGAAGCUAACGAAUGCAUUUAACACAUGAUUGUGUUCCCCAAGAAUAAAACACCACCUUCGAUGCAAUUCAACUACUCCAAACACAUCCACAAGAAGUGAAAACAGCGCACAGCGCUAAAAUGAGCAAAGACUCAUGCUAAUGCUAUGAAAACGAGGGCAUCAUAGACACGCAAUAAGACGAACGUGAAAUACAGAUGAUUAUUUUGGAGUCAUCUCAGUCUUACCGCUUUACUGUGUCCGUCCGUCCGUCGUUUUCAUAGCUUGAAGGAACCGAACAAAGUCUUUCGGCAAAUCCUUCUCUCUACUUCGGCAUCCUUGAGUUGUUUGGACUACAAAAAUCACUCCGAGGAAUAAAGAUGGCGGAUUUGUGACACCGUUUGGCCGCCCCCAUUACCUAGUGGCGCCGCCCCAAUGACCGACCGUGACGUAAUCGAUCAACUACGUUUACUAUAUCAUGAUAACAAGCCUCAAAGACAAU